CCAGCCUCAUGCGGGAACUGGAUUUAAUUCUGACUGCAGGGCUGUAAGGGACGAGCGGGAACGAACGCCUUUUGUCAAGGACUGACAGUCUCUGUUGUCUGUAAUCACCAGUGACGCGGAGAAACUGCAUUGCUGGUGGAAUUCCAGGCAGCUCUGACAAGUGCGGGGCUGCAGGAUGGGGAGAAAACAUUGCUCUGCAGAUUAGCUGGGUGCAUUUGUUGAUCAGAUCCAAAAAAGAAGAAGAAGGAAAAGACGAGACAAAAGAAAACAACAGCUCACAGUGGAAGAUCAGCGAUGGAUAAGAAGCCGUGCAGAAGUUUCCACCCAAAUGUCUGAAAUCCUUUAGAUGUGGACGGCAUCCCUGAGAGUGGAGCCGGGUGCACAGGCCGGACGCUGAGAAGAGGCAGCCUGGGACAAGGCCGGUUCAGCCUCCCGGGUUCCAGGAGUGGAUUGUAACCCCCUCAGGACAAUGAGUGAGGAGACUGUCCCCGAAGCCGCCUCCCCACCACCCACGCAGAGGCAACAGUACUUCGACCGCUUCUCUGAGGACGACCCUGAGUACCUGCGUCUCCGCCACCGUGCGGCGGACCUGCGGCAGGACUUCCAGCUGAUGGAGCAGAAGAAGCGCGUCACCAUGAUCCUGCAGAGCCCUUCUUUUAGGGAAGAGCUGGAAGGCCUCAUCCAGGAGCAGAUGAAGAAGGGGAACAACUCCUCCAACAUCUGGGCCCUGCGGCAGAUCGCGGACUUCAUGGCCAGCACCUCCCACGCAGUCUUCCCAACAUCUUCCAUGAACUUCUCCAUGAUGACGCCCAUCAAUGACCUUCACACAGCUGACUCCUUGAACCUGGCCAAGGGGGAGCGGCUAAUGCGGUGCAAGAUGAGCAGUGUGUACCGACUGCUGGACCUUUACGGCUGGGCCCAGCUGAGCGACACCUAUGUCACGCUGAGAGUCAGCAAGGAGCAGGAUCACUUCCUGAUUAGCCCUAAGGGAGUUUCUUGCAGCGAAGUCACUGCAUCUAGUCUGAUCAAGGUGAACAUCCUAGGAGAGGUGGUAGAAAAGGGCAGCAGCUGCUUCCCAGUGGACACCACAGGCUUCUGUCUGCACUCGGCCAUCUACGCAGCCAGACCCGACGUGCGCUGUGUCAUCCACCUGCACACCCCGGCCACAGCAGCGGUGUCAGCCAUGAAGUGGGGCCUCCUGCCUGUCUCUCACAACGCCCUCCUGGUGGGGGACAUGGCCUAUUACAACUUCAAUGGUGAAAUGGAGCAGGAAGCGGAUCGGAUCAAUCUGCAGAAGUGCCUUGGACCCACCUGCAAGAUCCUGGUGCUAAGAAACCAUGGCGUUGUUGCCCUAGGUGACACCGUGGAGGAGGCGUUUUAUAAGAUCUUCCACCUGCAGGCUGCCUGUGAGAUACAGGUGUCUGCUCUGUCCAGCGCUGGGGGAGUAGAAAACCUUAUCCUCUUGGAGCAGGAGAAGCACCGACCCCACGAAGUGGGCUCCGUGCAGUGGGCGGGGAGCACCUUCGGACCCAUGCAGAAGAGCCGGCUGGGGGAGCACGAGUUUGAGGCCCUCAUGAGGAUGCUGGACAAUCUGGGGUACAGAACAGGCUACACGUACCGCUACCCCUUUGUUCAAGAGAAAACCAAACACAAAAGCGAGGUGGAGAUUCCAGCCACCGUCACAGCGUUCGUGUUUGAGGAGGACGGCGUCCCGGUGCCCGCCCUGCGGCAUCACGCCCAGAAGCAGCAAAAGGAGAAGACCCGCUGGCUCAACACGCCCAACACCUACCUGCGGGUCAACGUGGCUGACGAGGUCCAGAGGAGCAUGGGCAGCCCCCGGCCCAAGACCACAUGGAUGAAGGCUGACGAGGUGGAGAAAUCCAGCAGCGGCAUGCCGAUACGGAUUGAAAACCCAAACCAAUUUGUGCCUCUCUAUACCGACCCCCAAGAAGUGCUGGAAAUGCGGAACAAGAUUCGAGAACAAAACCGACAAGAUGUGAAAUCAGCGGGGCCCCAGUCCCAGCUCCUGGCAAGCGUCAUCGCUGAGAAGAGCCGAAGCCCGUCUACAGAGAGCCAGCUGAUGGCCAAGGGUGACACGGACACUAAAGACGAGUCAGAGGAGACGGUGCCCAACCCCUUCAGCCAACUCACUGACCAGGAGCUGGAGGAGUACAAGAAAGAGGUGGAGAGGAAGAAGCUGGAACUCGAAGGAGAGAAAGAAACUGCCGCAGAGGAGCCUGGUUCACCUGUAAAGUCUGCACCUGCUUCUCCAGCACAGAGUCCAGUGAAGUCAGAGACAAAGAGUCCCGUGGUCUCUCCCUCCAAGUCUUUGGACGAAGGUGCUAAGAAGACAGAAACAAGCAAAGCCACCACGGAGCCUGAAACAGCGCAGCCAGAAGGGGUGGUAGUCAACGGGAGGGAGGACGAGCAGACAGCAGAAGAAAUUCUCAGCAAAGGCUUGAGCCAGAUGACCACCAAUGCCGACACGGAUGUUGACACCUCUAAGGACAAAACCGAGUCUGUCACCAGCGGCCCCAUGUCCCCAGAAGGCUCACCUUCCAAGUCUCCCUCAAAGAAGAAAAAGAAAUUCCGAACACCAUCUUUUCUGAAAAAGAGCAAAAAGAAGGAGAAAGUGGAGUCCUGAUUCGUGGCAUUCUGGGGCUCCCAUCUGCAUCCUCUCUUCCCUUCUCCCCUUCUCCCAUCUCCAUCCCUGAAGCACAGGGCCAAGGAGGGAUAGAGUAGGACCCUGGACCACACUCUUGAGGGGGAACACAGAGAUUGCCCAACCAACCCCUCACUUACAAUUGCCCCAGAGAAAUCAGGUGACUUUCCCAAGGUUAGUGGCAGAGCCUGCACUAGAACUCAGGUCUCCUGGCUCCCAGUCCAGCGCUCUUUCCACUAUACAACACUGCCUAGUGUGGGCGGCCUUUGUGAGCCCCGGGCAAGAGGGCCAGAGUGGGCCACAAGCUCUCACAGGCUCAGACUAAAUCAGAUCGAGGCUUUCCCUGAACAAGGUCCUUUUCUCACAGGAACCCAAUCUCCUGCUGAUGGAGCUAUCAGUAUGUUUAGAAAUCUCUCUUCUCUUUUUCAUAGGGUCCCUGCCUUGCUGCUCACAGUAACCAGACAGAUUGACCUGCCCCCUCCACUAGAAGUUUAUCUUUGUUCUCAAGGGCUGAUGGCUUAGCUUGUGCUUCCCCAACCAUUAACCCUGAGCUUUCCUCAUGGAACCUCCUGAAUGACGAUGGAAGACUUGUAACAGUUGGCAGACGUAAGGGCAAGCCAAGUCAGCCAUAGGAUGGGAGAUAAUUUAAUCUAUAUAAGAAGCCAGGUACUUGACCCAAAUAGUGUAUCUCAGGCGCUUCAAAAGUAAAACCAAAUUUAGCUUAGAAAAUAGUUGUCUCGUGCUCAGGGCAGAAAUUUGGGGAAAUUUAGGUCUUCUGUGGGCUUAUAUGGGAGGAUCAAAACAACACAGGAAAUGCUAUGCCUUUCUAGCUUUGCAUGACACACGGAGCAAUGCGGCUCUACCUGUCUCACUCCUGUCCAGUGGUUAGGUGUCCCCUGACCUUCUCUGAAACCCAGAAGCACUGGCUCAUAGAGUGGAACUGGCAUCUUGCCCCUGAGUUCCAACUCAGUCAUGCUGGGUCCUGCAGAGAAUGAGAUGACCCCUUCAGGAUUAAUCAGAUACAUGCUUGGGUGUCCCCGGCUCUGUCACUGUCUGUUCAUACGGGGGCCUGGUAAUAGCCACAGCUAUUGUUUUAAGUGCCAACAUUAUGUUUUCAUAUUCUUCCAUGGGGCACUGAUUAAUGAACAUUGUUGGCUCCUAAAAAAAAGACAAUCUAUUCUCUUGAAAGCACAGUGUCUUCAAAGGAUAUUUUACCUUUUUGUCCUGGUUAUUACAAAAGUAUUUUUGAGCAUUCUUAAUCAUAAUUUUCCAUGUUUGAGCCCUUACUACACACACACACACACACACACACACACACACACACACACACACUGUGCAGGCUUUACACACAUUAUAUCCUGUAACCCUCAUAAUAAUCCUGUGAUGUGGGUAAGAUUAUUCCUAUUUUAUGAGUAAGGAAACUGAGAUUCCCAAAGUAUAAUUCACUUGUUACAGGUGACUUGGCUAGAAAGAGCCAGAGCCUGGAUUUGACCAAAGUCAGUCUGGGUCAGAGCUUUUGCUCUUAAUAGCCAUGGUGAUCAGAAAACUUUAAUCCCCAAGGGUGGUGGUUUUAGUCCAGACCAUUUCUGUGACUGGUCUCCACUGCAUAAUGUCAGCACUUGAAAUGAAGGUAGGAAGCUACCUUGUUCUCUCUCAUCAGUGCAUGUUAAGUUCCUGGAUAACAUGGACGGUGGCGAGGCCAGUGUGGACCUCUGACAAAGGAGAGGCAAGAGCCUUCUGGUUGGGGUAGGAUAUACCAUCCAUUGUUGGGUAAUUUCUUGAGAAGGAAGGAAACUGACACAUGACUAAGGAAAACCCAAUGCUGUGUCUCUCUAGUGCAGAUUCCCAACUGCUACCCCCACACCCUCGUACCCCCACACUCUGGCCCCUCUCCUUCUACUUUUUGAUUAGGUCUUACAAUGGACAGCCCAACGGUCAGGGGCACCACUGCCUCAGAAAAAUCUGUGAUAUGGGAAAUGCCUUUAAAAGCCAACGCUUUGAUGCCUUCUUUAAAAAAGUAGAUUUCAUAUUCAUUCAUUCAUUCAUCCAUCCCUUCACAAUAUUUGUUAAGCACCCACUAAAGGUCAGGCAUUAUGCUGACAUUAAAAGAAAACGAUCAUUGUGACUAGAAUAAUGAGUGGCAAGCAAUGGCAAGCGUGGAGUGACUACAUCGACUGAGGCAGCUUUCUGUGUUUGAGUGGCUCAGAGAUGGUGUUGAUUGACUUUGCAGUCAACAGAUUCUCUUCAUUCCCUUUACAACGGUGAAAAUGCCAGAGCUUGUGGCAAUUUGAGCAUCGUCCUUGGAAUUUAUGCCAUGGGCCCAUCUCAUGUUUAUCCAUUUGUUCAGUGCUCGUGCAUUCAAAGAACACGCAUGAGCUUGUGUCACUGGCUGGGCCUGAGGGCAGGACUUAGUCCCAGCCUGCAGGAAGUUCAUAAGUAAAAGAAGCAUGUGGACAAGCUACAAAAUGGUCAGGGGUGCAGAGGUGGCAUUAGGAAGCAGUGAUUUACUGUCUUCCGGGCCAGAGAAACCAUCUUGAAAGGAGUGAUGGUUGAAUUAGGUUUUCAAAGCAGCGGAAUUGUCCAGGGUUGGCGGGACAUUCCGUGAUGACGGAAGAGCAUGUGCAGAGGCAUGGAAGCAUGAAACUCCAUGAUGUGUGCACUCAGCAAUUCAGGACUGCCGGAGCAUAAAGUGUAAGGUGGGGGUGGGGCAGGGAUGGGCUGGUUCGUUUCACAGGUGAACAGGGCUGGAUCAUAAAGAAACUUGUAGAAAGUAUGGAGGAGCUAGACUUUAUCGUGUACAGGGGUUGGAGCUGCUGAGUCAUCAUCAGGAUUGGAUUUUAGAAAAACUUUGGUGGCUGAGUGGAGAAUGCAUUAAAGGAGUGAAAGAUGGGAGAGCUCCUUAUAAUGAGGUCUUUCUGGAACGUCAGCACUAAAUCGUGUUUGGGGGCCUGUCUUACACUACAUUGUCCUUCGUAGCAAAUAGUGAGCUUUCAGCGCAGAAUUCAUUUCCAUCCGAUUAUUUGGUUAAGGCAUCUUAAGAAACUUAGACAAGGAGAGGGAAAUAUUCAAAGAGCUGCUACUUAGCAGAGUUUCCAGUUCUAUUUUGACUUGUGUAGAGAGGCUGUUGGGUCCAUCUGCUAAUUUCUUCUUCCCUAGUACAUGUUGGGUGUGGCACGCUUCAUUCCAGGCUCAAGGCCGUGCACUAGAUGUUAUUGAAGUAGAUGUAUAGUUCAAACAGUGUCACAGGCUUUUAGGGCGACAGGAGGGGCCAUUGUCUUUGGCUCUGGAUAAAAGCUGGCUGAAAACUUGGACCAGUAUCUGUCUGGAGAGAAUGUGUAUAUGGAGAGCUCAGAAUUGGUAGGCAAUAGGUUCGCUUCAAAGAAAGCCACUGUGCUUGGAUAUGCAGCAGAAAAGGGAUGAGAAAAUGGAACCAAUCUGCGGUGCUGUGGCUGGCUGAGCUGGGAAAGAGGUUUCUGAGGCUGUUUCCACAGGAAGAUGGACAGGGGGUGGGGAGGCAGAGGGAGAGAUGGUUACAGAGAGACAAACUUGGUCCCAGGGACUCUUCGUGCACUGGUGGUUGGCACCCGGCAGUGGUGUGGGAGACCCAUCUAUACCACGUGACCUUCCCUCAAACUUUGUAAAAAGCACUGCCAAGAGACAACCGCUAGCCCAGGUGGGAGCUCCAUAAAAGCCUCCUGGCCUGUAGGUGACCAAGAAACUCCCACUUCGGCCAAGUUAUACACAGAUAACAAUAAUCUCCCUCAACACUCCUAUAAUGAAAAUGGGGUUCUUCCUCUGCAGAUGAUAAGUUAAAGGACUUGGGGGUUUCGGUUGAACCCCCGAAAAGCAUUGCCCUUAUACCACUGCCAUAUAUACCGAGCCUUGAAUCCUGCUCCCUGUGUCUAAUACGGUGUCACUCAUUCCUGAAUGUGGCAAGACAAUCGCUCAGAUGUCGUCAGUCACUGUCGUAACAGAGGUCUACCGCCUUUGUCAGCAUGGGGAGAAAGCUGUAAAGCCACUUCUCUGGGUGCGUGGUUUUGAAAGAGCCAUUUGCCUAAGAGCACAAUUCACUUCUGAAAGUCUGAAAGAUGAAAGAGUUUGGAUUUUUCCAUGCAGGCAUGUACAGGGGUAACAGGGACACACAGCCCACCAUUUGGCCUAUAUGCCAUCUUUUGUAUAAGUGUGAAGUUUAUGUUCUAAUUCCAGGCCAAAUUUCAGUUUCUGACUAUUGAACAAAUGACAAAGCAUACAACACUCAUUUCUCUCAUGGGGAUCAGCAGGCGCCCUUGAGCUGGCUGGCACAGUUGCAGUUGACUCUGAGCCUAGAGAAUCUGCUCAAAUAGUGAGAGAUGUAAGACCUUUUUCCUCUAGGGUCAGAGUCUGAGAAGAAACGAGAGAGGGGAUGGAUCUAUGCCCUCCACUCCCACAGAAGGGACAGGGCACCUCACAAUUCAAUACCUGAUGGGACACAUGACUGCCAGUGUUCCACAUCUAUUCCAAAAGGGACACUUUAACACGAGAAGUCAGAGACCUUGAACUGACUAAGGAAAUAUACUCAUUGGUUAUUUACCUGCGUAGGUCCACUUGUGCUACAAUACAAAAAUGCAUAUGCAAUAGAGCGAUUAUUUCCAAUUUAUCCAUUUGGAUGGGGCAUACUUUUUGCCAAAAAUAAGAGCAUACACAUAGAGACCUGUCACGAAGGCACACUCAGCCCUCUUGUGCCUCGGUGAGGAGCCACCCUCACCCAGGAAUCAACAUGGGGAUUUCAGAUGGGGAGUCCUUCUUUUGUGGAGAAAGCUUUCAUCAUUUUUAUAUACACAGGCUUCUCUUUUAGGAACAAUUAGAAUCUCCAGUUGGGGGUGUUCUUAAAAAUACAGAAGUAAUGGUUUGCAUUGAUUCGUACUUAGGUGGUAUUAGGUUUUGUCAAAUUGAUGUUGGGUGCCCAUUGCCUUUAAGAUGUCCCCAAAAGUUGGGUUAUGGCUUUCAGAAAUUGGGUCCUGAAGAUGGAAGAGAAAUGGCCACUCUUACUGACACAGGGAGGGACUCAGGUGGAGGCAGAGCCAGAGCCUGGACGUGGGCAGGUUUCCCAGGGCAGUUGGCUCCUGGGCUCCGCGUCUCACCCCGUCUCCCAAGCAGUCGGAUGAGGCCAGCUGUGAUGUGGCAAGUCCCCUAUCCCUCUGUCACGUAAAGAAAAUGUUAUGGGAGUGGUGGGGAAGUAGUUGUAAAAGAACCCCAAACUCUUCUCUCCUCCAGCAAAUCAUCCUGUAUUACUUUUAGAAGCUAAAAGGCCAGAUCUUCCUUUUAAAGUGAAUUAGAAGGAGGAUGACAGUUGAACCAAGCACAGAGGGGCCACAUUUAAAUACAUCAAAGCCCUUACAAAAUGGGAAUCUAUUUUAGGGACCUUCACCCCCACAUUUCAACUCCACCUCAUGCUUCUUAGGCGUGCUUUGUGGGAGAUUGUUUGGUCUACAUGGUCGGCUCCCCCUUUAAAUUCCUGCCAUCUACGAUAUAACUCGGAGUUCCUGCAGAGCUGGGCUGGCCUGGCCAGGGUGUGGGGGUCUAGAUAGUGUGGUGUUCUCUAAAGCUGUGGAUGGUUUCAGUGAAAUGUCUAUGUCAGACAAUCGUCUCCCUGUACAUACCUUGUCUGUGUUUAGCUUGUCCUAGUAUUGUGAGAUUUCAAAUAGGGGUUCCAUGUAAAUACUCUUCCUGCUACUGAAAUGCCAGCCCCCGGAUCAUGCAGCAGCCCCACAAAUGGUUUUACCUUUCUCUAUGCUAACACUUUUUGAGCCACUGAUGUGCAGAUUGAUGAUUAGUUUCUUGGGCUUUUAUUUUGCAAUUUUAUAUAUAUAUAACACACAUAUAUUGUAUAUAUAUAUUUAUGGGUUGGUUUUGUAUAGUUUUCUGUUUGAAUCUCUGAGCACCAAAGCUGCCCUUGGAUUUUUCUAGAGAAUGUUCCAAAGCCACUUCCUGACACCUCCCACCCCCUGCUUUGGUGUUUGUGGUGCUGGGUAGUAAUAUAUCUGAGUAUAUCUGCCCAGGGAUUUCUGUAUGUAUGUGCUCUUAUCUCACUUGCAGAUAUUACCCCAGUAAAUCUACUGUGCUUGGC